AUGGAAUUCACAUUGCUUUGUAACCUCGGAGGUCCGCGCAAUGCCGGGAUUUCUUUGCGCCUCCGCUUGCUGCAUGUGUGGCCGUCGAAGUCUCCGGGGGACAAUAGGAUCUACAAUUACUACACUUUUUGGACCGACGAAACGGGUAUGCUAAUUCAGGGCGUUUCGCCAACUUCAAUGGCUGCUGGGAUUCGCCGUAAUCUCUCGGUUGGGAUGAUAUACGUCAUAAAGUCCUUUGCCCUGAGCAAUCCGCCGAAUCAGUAUCGGUCGUGUUCUUUUGAUUUGGCUUUGGGCCUUUCGCCUUCGAUUUCUUUCCUGCCCUGUGCUCUUCCUGCUGAGAGUUUCCCGGUUGAUGCUUACGAGUUUGUGGUUUUCUCCCAGUUAAGUAUUCGUGCCGAUGUUGUUGGCAGACUCCAUUCGAUCAGUGGGAUAUCCCACAAGAUCACAAAUAACGGCCCCGCUGUCAAGCAGACAGUUAUUAUUGAGGAUGAAAGGUUUGCUGAGAAACAUGAGACUGUUGCGUCCCUCCCAGUUGAGUUUGCUACUGCUGCUGAUGCUACAGCUGAUGCAGAUCGUCGCACCAAGACUUUGGGGCAGUUGAUGGCCUUAUCUAGGACGAAUUCCUCACUGGAAGAAAAGUAUCGCUUUGGUGGAGUGAUUGUUGAUGUCGAGUCAAGCACACCUUGCUACAAGCUCUUGCUUACACUGAGGGACGACUCUUGCGAAGCUCGCUUUAUACUGAUGGGGGGGUGUGCGCUUGCGCUGGUCAACGUUUCUGCUGCACACCUAGCCCAGAGGUUUCCCCAUCGUCCUGGUCAGCUGCCCCCACAGUUGCAUCAAUUGCGAGGGCAAUAUGUCAAGUUUGACUGUAGGUUGCCGUUCUCGGGCCCUACUGGUUUCUCUUCGGGUGAAUUCUGUGUUACCCAGGUCGUCCCUCUUGAUGAUCCUACGGUGGUGGGUGAUUUGCUUGAGUUUUCUUUGCCACAGUCGUCGGCUUCUCCCUCUCUGGGUGCAGCAAGUAGCGUGGGAGGCCCAUCAGGUUCAUCGAGGGCAGCGAAGGGAAAGGAAAAGGUUUCAGAUUCAAUCCCUAUUGAAGCACCAGCUGUGCCAUUUAACAUCGCUGACCAGCAAGAUGUAAUUGAGAGAUUUCCUAGCCCUGCGCCCAAGAUUUUGCGGGAUCCUAUUCCUGUAAAUGUCGGAGGCGAGGAUAUUGAUGAUGAGUCGCGGAUUCUCGGAUAUUCCCAGCUUUCAGUGAUGGGUGUACAGCGAUCAGCCAAGAAUGAUGAGUCGGUGAGUUCUCAAGAUGUUGGUCGUGAUUCAUCUAUGCCUGCUUCAAAGAUUCUGAAGCCUUCCCCCGAAUCAUCUCCUGGGAAGCCCUUGGGUUCAGCCACCGCCUUGCCUUCGGCAUCGUUGUUGGUCUCUCCACUCGCCAGGAUAAAAGUGGAGAAAUUGGAUGCUGCCGAUGUCGCUCAAGUCUCACAUGGUGCUCCCUCGCAGGCAGGUGUUAAUAUGGAAAGGGAUUCUUCAGUGGAUAGUCAGAAGAAUUCGUCGACAAAGCGUGCUUUUUUUAAGAAGUGA